AUGGGCCCGCACAGCAGAAGCUCGCCGAGGCGGUCGUCAACGCCGAACCUGAAGCUCUCGCCGGCUCAUGUGUCGGCGCCGCAGACCGCCGACCCGGCAUCACCGCCCGACACGCCCAUCGCCUCGCCACACUUCUCGCGCAAGGAUGCCCCGGCGGCAUUCUAUCUCUUCGCAAACCCCCUGGCCCGGGACCCCAACAUUAGGCCGUAUGGCAGUGGCCAUCAGUUCAGCUAUCGCCCUCUGGAGCAAUUGAGUCCGCGGUCGUCGUCCUCGUCCGGGGCUGAUGAGGAGGACGCGAGCGACGACGAAUCCUCUGAAAGCGCCAGCGUUGUCAGCCUGCCGGAUUCUCCAUCACAGGCGCAGCGCUUCGCGACGGGGAAGAAUGCCUCUGCGCCGCACGAGUGGGACGCAUGCGCAUAUGCCGAUGCCGAUGCCGAUGCAGGCGCAGAAUCAGAUGCCAGCUCUGAAUCUGACUCUGAAGCUGACGAGCGAGCCGAGUCAGACAAACCCAAGCGAACAGGAUCCGCGCACGGCCCCGCGACAAGCAUCCUAGACAACAUGUGCAGCUUUACAAUCGAGGAUGUUGAUCCUAUGGACAGCGAGUGCGAGGGCCUGGCUGUCCUCCGCCCCGCUGAGAUCGAGUCUGAUGACGAGUCUCCCCGGAGUCGCUCCCCGUCUCGCCCCAGGGAGCUCGACAAGGGCAUGAUGGAGGAUCUCGAAAACCUCCACUGCAGCAACGAAGCGUCCGACAACGAGGCGGAGCCCGAGGAAGACGACGCCGAGUCGGAGUUUAUGCGGAGGCAGCAGGAGCUGAAGCGCAUUCGGCGAGUCAGCAUGUCGAGCAGCUUCGGCAAGAGGACGCACAGCGAGCUGAGCGACUCUGACGACAACGACAGUGCGCUCGACGUCAACGAGGCUGGUUCCAGCGCCUCGCGCUUCCGCAAGAGGAUCAACCGCGGCAGCUUGCUCUUCCAGGAUCCUCCGGCGCCUCGAAUCGACGAGCUAGAGGAGCCCAACUCGGACGAGGACGAGUACGCCAACGAAAUGCGCAUUGCACAGGGGCUACCAUACCAUGGGAUGGAGGUUAUGGAUACGGACUCGAGCUAA